AUGGUCCGUCUCUCUGUUCUGGCUAUCUUCGCUGCUGCUAUCAGCACUGCUGCUGCCCAAAGCCCCACUGGACAGACCUGCCAGUGCCUUUACGCAGAUGGCUCUCACUGCUGUGUUAAUUUCGGUACAGAGGACUGCCAAACCCAAUGCCGCACCUCUGGCAAGGACAGCGGAAAGUGUAACGCCGACGGCAAGUGGUCUAGCGUGAGCUGGUUCACUGGUCUUGGCCGCACGAAGUGCACCAACUAA